CGUUCAGUUAGUGGCGCUAACGGACCAUUGUGAACGGGAGAGCGUUAGAAACAACAAGGAAGAACGAAAGGUAUAAAGAUAUGAAGAAGAACACAGCAUGCUGUGAUUGGUUUGUUUGAAGACUGAGUCCGGGAAACUUACGCUGAUUCAGUAGUCGGUGUAAGUGUUUCUACAUAAAACAUGGGAGACAGUCGUUCUAAUGGCACCGCUGAACGGUACGAAUUUGAUGCACCUUCCCAUGUCGUCGACUUUCAAGAGCUGGCGAAUCACGAGGGCGAUGAUCAGUGGUUUGAUCAACAGGCUGGGGGAGCAGGCGGUCGACUAGUUACACCUUCCAGACCAGACUGGCCCUUUAGGAGAAGCGAUAUCCCCAACCUGCCCAAAGCCAUUGUUACUCCUCUAGUCAAAACAAAAGUGGAUGUUGUUAUCGGUGAAUCAUCUCCACUUUCCAACAUCGUCACCUCUUGGGGACCGGGAGUUGUGACCAAUGCUCAUCAGAGAAGGACGGCUGCAGAGAAUCAACCUCCUGCACAACCACGCAGGGUUUCAAAACGCAAAGAGGCAACUAGCAGUUCAACUCGACAAGCUUCAGCUGCACCACCGUCGAAAAAAUACAAGAAGAGUCCUGUUCCUCAACCAGCUCAAAGGUCUGGCAAUGUUCUGCGUAGAAGUGGAAGGUUAAAUUCCAGAGCUAGUCUUCGCAGAAUUUCUCAAAUAAAUUCCAGGAGUGUAUUACGCAGAAGUGGACAACUGGCUUCCAAGACUGCAAACACAGAGCCAUGCAGCUCUGAGGAGCAGGAGCUGGAGCGCAUCAGGAACCUCCAGAGGGAAGUGGCUCUGCAUCGCAAGAAGAACGAGGCCAGUUACAAAGCUGCUCUGGCGGGAAAUCCACCACCCAAGAAGAUGGUCUUGUCCACAACUGUGCCCAAGGAGUUUAACUUCAUCACCAACACCCGGAUCAAGACAAACACUUCAGCAGCACACAAAGAAGUAGACUUUACAAGUCAGCUACGUAAACCUGAAUCCCCAUUGAAGGCUGCUAAAGGUGCCACAGUGCCAAAACCCUUCCACCUGUCAAAGGGCAACAAGAGAAAAACAGAUUGGGCAGAAGCCUACGUGUCCAUGGCUCAGCAGAUAGAACAGUUCCAGAAAAAAACUCCCAAUCGCUACCAUAUGUGCAGUCGCCAGAGUCAAGAGAGAGGGCCAUCUCCAGUCAAAGAUAACUGCCUGAAGAUCACUGAGCCUCACACGCCUCAACUUCUGACCCGCCAGAGAAGUCGUUCUCAUUUGGUAAAGAGCAGAGCUGAAUUAGAAGCUGAUGAAGUAGAGAAGCUCCAGAAGUUUAAGUUCAAAGCCCAGGAGCUGAACAAGAAGAUCCUGGAGGGUGUGGAGGAGCUGAAGAAGCCUGUAGUGAAGGAACCCACAGUACCUGAAGGAUUUGAGCUGCAGAUUGAGAAAAGGCUCCAGGACAGACAGACUUCUAAAAGGCAUCAUGAGGAAGAAGAGAAGCCCCACAACUUUAAAUCUCAGCCUCUGCCCAAGAAGAUCCUGGAGGGAGUUGUGGGACUACCAGAAAAGAAAGUUCUGCAACCAACUGUUCCAGAGUCUCCAGCUUUUGCUUUGAAAAAUAGGGUUCGUGUGGAUCGUAAAGUCCCAGAAGUAAAACCACCGUCCCCAGUGAAGGCUCCUCCAGUGCCUCACUUUGGCCUCCCCUUCCAGCCCAAGCUUCCAGAGAGUCACCAGGUGGAGGUCUGUCCUUUCUCCUUUGAGGAAAGAGAGCGAGGGAGGAGAGCACUGAAGGAGAAGAAGCUGGAGGAGUUGAGAAAUGAGGAGUUCCCACAGUUCAAGGCACAGUUGCUGCCAAAGUUUGACACAGUGCAGCUUCCCGAAAAGAAAAAGCUUGAAACAACCAAACCUGAGCCCUUUAGGCUGCUGUUGGAUGGACGUAGUGCUGCGAAGAGUCGCCUGGGACAAAUACUUAGAGAGGAGCAGAAGCAACAGGAGGAAGGAGCAACCUUCAGAGCCAGACCGAACACUGUUAUUCAUAAAGAGCCUUUCCAGCCCAAGAAGGAAGAGAGGUCUGCAGUAGUGGUGGAGGCCUUUGAGCUGUCGACUGAGCGCCGCGCCAAAGAGCGUCAGGAGUUUGAGCGAAUGGCCAGAGAGAAGGAGGCCCUGAGGGCACGUAUGGAGGAGGAGCAGAGACGGGAGGAAGAGCAGCAAGAAAAAGAGGAGAUUACCAGGCUGAGGCAGGAGCAGGUCCACAAGGCUCAGCCCAUCCGACACUACAAACCUGUAGCACUGAAGAAGAGUGAACUUCCCCUCACAGUCCCACACUCUCCAAACUUCACCAAACGCUUCAGCUCGUGAAUGAAGUGUUAUUUCCUUUAACACUGAGACACUAAUGAAAUGUUUCCAUGUUCCAUAUGGUUUACUUUUAACAAUUUGUCAAUUCUGACAUUUUUAUAUGAAUUUACAGGUCUUUAACAGUGAAUUAUAAAUGUUUUUAAUCGUAUCAACUCUACUAAUAAUAGCGAUUGAAGUGGGAUACAUUGUAGACAAACUGCCAGUCUACUAAAGGGUCCAAAUACAGAUAGUUAAUUAAAUUAAACUGUGAUCAACUCUCAACUUGUGUCUAACAUCUUUGAAAAUGUUGUAUAUGUUGCUAACUUGGCAAUUGUGAAGUUUUUAUGUUGAAUAAAACCAGCACUAAAUUGAAUCAGACCAAGAGUCUUGGAUUUUAA